AUGUAGAUAUGUUGGAAGUGAUGCCAAAGAACGUACGAACGUUUCCACAUUUCGGUACUGUUAAUAUGCAUAUAAAUCAUUGAUGUGAGAAUACGAUAUGUUGAAUAUUAAUUUGCCAACGCAUAUAAUAAAGAAAUAUUCAUACUUACUCACAACAUUCAAGAGAAAUGUGAGAUUGCGUGAGAUAACCUCUUCGUACAGUGCAUAUGUUUGGAGAAGACAGUCAUAUUCUUCUGCAGUACGUGGACCAUGGAAUGUGUUAUUUUUCGGGACAGAUAAUUUCUCUCUUACGAGUUUACAAAGUUUAUACGAUGAAUACAGAGCCAAAAAACUACGUCGAUUAGAAGUUGUGUCGGUACGUAAACAGAAAAAAAAUGCUGUUAUACAAUAUGCAGAGGAGAAGGGAAUUGUUGUUAAGGAAUGGCCUCUUGAAAAUAAUCUACAGGAUUUUCACAUUGGGAUAGUUGUUUCCUUUGGACAUCUGAUACCAUUAAAUAUUAUAAAUUCUUUUCCACUCGGUAUGAUAAAUGUUCAUGCUAGUUUACUGCCACGAUGGAGAGGAGCAGCCCCAAUAAUCUAUUCCUUAAUUAACGGAGAUGCAGAAACAGGAAUAACAAUCAUGAAAAUAAUGCCAGAGAAGUUUGAUAUUGGAGAGGUAAUAACGCAGGAGAGAAUAAAUAUUCAUGCAGAUGAAACAUUACCAGAACUGCACGCGAAGUUAGCAAGAAUAGGAGCAAAAGUUCUAGUUAGUACGAUAGGAAAACUGCCGGAUAUAUUAUCGUCCUCGAGGCCUCAGGAAAGGAUAGGCAUAACGUAUGCACCUAAAGUUACAUCAAAGAUCUCUUUGGUCAAAUGGGACGAAAUGACGGCGAAGAAUGUGUAUGACCUGCAUCGCGGUCUGUUAGGAUUGCAUCCGUUAACGACCAAGUUCCGUGACACAGCGAUAAAAUUGUUUGACGUUCGGCAGGUGUCGAAACCGAUUGACGGAACGAAUCCGGAGGACGAUGAUGUACCAGGUUUCGUGCGAUUUGAUAAAAAGAGCAAUGUACUAAUCGUAACGUGUAAAGGCCCAAGCUGGGUCUCGAUAAAGAAGGUGAUAGUAUCUGGCCGUUCGCCUAUGAGCGCGAUGGACUUCAGAAACGGAUUUAUGCAGGGCAAAAUGAAGAAACUAUUUUUUUUACGGAAUAACAUAAUAUAAUUUACAAUGCUGCCUCUGUCUUCGACACUGUAAAGUUCUUUUGCAAACCUACAAAGAUUUCAUCCAAGAACGGACAAUUUUACAUUAAGUUUGUAUUUACUAUAAUAGUAAGUUUUAGAGACUUAGAGUGUACUAAAUAUAAUAUAGACGCAGUGAGACUUCACUGUGAAAAUAAUAAGCUGCUUGUCGUUUAUUAGUAUCUUCUCGAGCACCGGAUAAAUUAUUUUGCUCAUCUCAGGCUUUGUUAAUUUUGCAUUGAAAAUAGCAUCGUGUUUUUCUUGCUUCAUGUAAAAAUAUUCUCUCUUGUGUGUUUCUUUUAUUUCUUACUCUACAAUUUACUUAGUAAAUUCUUUAUGCAAGAAUCACGCGCUAUAUAAAACUAUAAAACGUUACGAUGAAGAAGUCUGUAAAGGAAUUCAUAAAAAAACGAGUAACGCGAACUGCAUUAUAACAUAAUGUGAACCUCCAGAAAAUCAUACCUUCAAAUGGGAUUUUCACUAUAAUAUUUUCAAAAUUCACUCUUGCUCUAAUUAUAGGA